AACCCAGAACUCUUUUAUAGACCGGUUAGGGUUUUAUUAAGCUGCUGCAUCUCUUCAUCAGCAACAACAGCCUGAAGUCGGAGCACUCUGUCACUCAGCAAACAUGGGGAAGACACGUGGAAUGGGAGCUGGACGCAAGCUGAAGUCCCACCGUAGAAGGCAAAGGUGGGCUGACAAGUCCUACAAGAAAUCCCAUCUUGGGAAUGAAUGGAAGAAGCCAUUUGCUGGGUCAUCCCAUGCCAAAGGCAUUGUGCUUGAGAAGAUAGGUAUUGAAGCUAAGCAGCCGAAUUCUGCUAUUCGUAAAUGUGCUAGGGUUCAACUCAUCAAAAAUGGGAAGAAGAUUGCUGCUUUUGUCCCCAAUGAUGGUUGUUUGAACUACAUUGAAGAAAACGAUGAGGUGUUGAUCGCUGGAUUUGGUCGUAAGGGACAUGCUGUGGGAGAUAUUCCUGGUGUCAGGUUCAAGGUUGUCAAGGUUUCUGGUGUCUCUCUCCUGGCUCUCUUCAAGGAGAAGAAAGAGAAACCUAGAUCUUAGGUUGUCCUUUUUACCAAAAUACUUUCAAGCAUGUAACAGGCUAUAUUAGCUAUCUUGAGUUUGUGAACGAACAGUUUUUGAUCUAGGGUAUUAUGUUGGAAUUUCGAUUCUUCUAUGAAGUUCAUAUUUAUUAUCUUAAAAUAUUAAA